AUGACCACCAAAAGCGCUGCCAACACUCGCAAGGCAACUGCGCGCCAACUAGAGAUGCAACUGAAGACUACUACACAAGAUCUACAGGAGUCGAGGGCCUUGUCCAAGCAGUUGUUGCAGGAUAGGGAGGAAAGCGAACUACAGUUCAAGAAAUUGGUCGACACAAACUCAGAUUUAAGAAGGGCCCUGGCAGACAAUGAUGUGCAGUUGACUGAUGUCCGUGGUGAAGUGGACCGUUUGCAAGAGGCAGUAGACUCAUUCAAUCAGUGUGCUUCUACGCAUGAAGUGGCCUUAACCCGCAUCACACAUCUGGAAGAGGAACUGGGUGCGGCUAAUGAUGAACUUAAUUUGUUUAGACCACCAUCAGCUGACUUCAGCACAUUUGAAACUACAAUGGAAAGUGUGCUGUGUGCUGAGAAUAAAAUUGAUGUGAUCGUCAACACGAAUCUAAUCUCAAUAUGUGAAUCGGCGUUCUCAGUAGACGAAAUCAAACAGGCCAAGACGUUACUUUUUGAAUCCAUCAAAACGUCCCAAAAGAAAAUAAAAAGGCGAAACGAUGGGCAAAAGCGACGAGAUUUGGAGGAUAUUUUAGCAGUGUUGAAAGUGUUGGAUCCGGAUGAUAUUCCAGUGUUUGUGGCUCGUGAUUUGCAUAAAUUACCGGCCGUGACCUUUGACCACACAGAUGUCACAAAGGUUUUAAAGGAGUUGGUACUGUUGCGUAUAGACAUGGAUUCCAUGAAGGAAAAAUACGCAACUAUAGAACAGUUGCAUGAUCUGAAAAAGGAGUUCCAAUCAGGAGCACUAGAGCAGACACCAGAUUCCUUAAGAAAUCGCAACGUUAAUAUAAAACGAGGAGGGUACAUGCUAGACAGCGGACCACCUGCAUUAUCCGUGCUUGACGUCUCCGAAAACUCGUUAGAGGCGAGCGGCAAGCGCUGUAGCGCUAGCGAGGAUUGCGCGCUCGCUCACUCUCAGGCCCCAGCUGAUGUGUCUGUCCCAUGCGCGGCGGUAAACUCAACGGUGUUGGAAACGCAUACUGACACAAAAAAAUCACCUAUAGACAAAUCGGACGAUGUUCGGGAUGUACGUUCAAAACAACCUACGAUGGCGGAAAUCGCAAGUACCGGGGCUUGGAAGUCGAAUGAAUCCACAGAGGGCUGGAAAAUAGCGUCAAGUAAAAAGACGAGAAGGUUUGCAAGCAGAAAAGGAGCAGCGGUAGACAAUACAAAUAACAAGUUCAGAGCGGCGGACACUAGGGUACCGUUGUUUAUAUCGAACGUAAACAAAGAGGCGGCAGAGGAAGACAUUUGCGAAUACAUUAAAAUGAAGACGGGCGAAUGUGUUACACUUCAUCAAAUAAAAAUGAAAAAGGAGCGUUCCUAUAAUGCAUUUAAGUGUUAUGUGUCUAAAUCUAAGUUAAGCACAUUUUUGGAUGACCAGUUGUGGCCAGACGGAAUCAUAUUUAGGCGCUUUAUUCGGCGUACGAAUGAGGAAAAUAAGGACGGUCGGCAAAUUAAUACUCAUACUCAUAAUAAUGGAGAAUAAUACAUCCACAAUUAGUCUGGCUACUUUUAACUGUAAGAAUGUGAAAAGGUCAUUGAACUGUGUACGUUCGAUAUGCAAAGAAGCUGACAUUAUAGUCUUACAAGAGCAUUGGUUGUACGACCAUGAAUUGGACUGUCUGGGCGAAAUUGAUCCAGGGUUUAGUUUCACGGGAAAAUCUUCUAUGGAUACGUCAGCGGAGAUUAUAAGAGGAAGGCCGUACGGAGGUGUGGCUAUAUUGUGGCGUAAACGCAUGUUUCAAUCUGUUUCGGUCGUGCAUAGUACAAAUAACCGGUUUUGUGCAAUAAGUGUUUCGAUGUGCGAUAGACCUUUUAUGGUUAUAAAUGUUUACAUGCCAACGGACAGUGCGGAAAACUUGCCAUUGUUCACGGAAUGCCUUGGUGAAAUGUAUGCCAUGAUUGACAAUAGCGGUAUUGAGACAGUUUUUGUGUUAGGAGAUUUUAAUGCCCACCCAGGUGAGCCAUUCUGUAACGAACUUUUAGAAUUUUGCGAGGAGCGAGAUUUAUUGUGUCAGGACAUAAUUAACCUUGGCAUCCAUUCGGGGACGUUUACUUUUAUAAGCGAAGCCCAUGGGUGCAAACGCUGGCUAGAUCACUGCCUAACCACCCGAUCAGCUGUGCGAACCGUAAUGAAUGUCAAGGUUAUUUAUGACGCGUAUUGGUCGGAUCACUUUCCUAUGUUGAUUGAGUCUAACAUAAGUGCAAUUAGUUUAAAAACAACAUUUAAGUCGUCCACUCAUAAUGAUGUAUUUUGGGGUGAGCGAAAGGCACAAGAAAUUGAUACCUAUACAAAAUAUUGUAAUGAUAUAUUAAAGUCUAUUGAUUUAUUGCCAGAAUUUUCCUUAUGCGCAGAUAAAUGUUGCAAUGAUUCCUUACAUAAACAACUUAUUACAGAUAUGUAUACGAAAAUUGUUGGUACACUGUGUGAGGCAGCCGUACGUGGUAAAAAUAUUGUGUCGCGUAAUAAGAAGGCGCGGGGUGUACGGGGUUGGAAUCAGCAUGUCAAGGAGGCGCACGCGCAGGCUAGGCAUGCUUUUAAGACCUGGAUUGCGUACGGUCAGCCUAAUAGGGGACCUGUUUUUGAGAAUAUGAGAAAUAAACGUAAAAUAUUCAAAUCAAAGUUAAAAUGGUGUGUCAAACAGCAGGAACAACUCGAGUUGGAUAAAUUAGCAUCUCAUCAUUUUCAAAAACAGUUUUCUAAAUUUUGGAAAGGUACUAAGAAGUUGAAUAAAAAUAAAAGUUUACCUAUUAGUAUCAAUGGAGUUACAGAAACAUCUGAAAUUGCAAAUCUGUUUAAGGAUCACUUUAGGGUGACUUCGCCUCUAGGGUCGGUGC